GCUCUUUUUUUCUUCUUUUUUUCUUUAAGAAAAAUGUCUUUUUUAAACACUUUUAGUGUGGAACCAACUUUUGAUUUAAACCAUCAUUACUACAGUAAUGUUCACUUUUUCUAUUCUUUGGUCUCUACAACACAGCAUUCCACUAUUGCUUCUCCUUCACCUCUUCUUUCACCUGCUAAUUCUUCUAUUCCCUGUAAUCAAUCAUGUUGUGCACAAUACCCUGUUGUGAAUGAAAUCGGUCCACAGAAACAAAAUUACCACCCUGUUUUCCCAUACGUCUGCGAAGAUAAUGUUCUACAAGACGACACCAUGUCAGUUAUCACUGCGUCCGACGUGCAUUAUAAUAGCCCAGCUACUGUCUCACAGCCCUCUCCAUCGUUGUUGUCUGUCAUACCUUCACAGCACAAUGAUUUCAAUGCACAUUACACAACACAUUCACCUCCUCUUUCAGAAUUGAAUACAAACCAUUACGAUACAAAACCUUUUGCUGGCCAAGAAGUAAUGGGCUCACUAUUUGCACCAGUGUACUCCCCAAAACCAACAGACAGGGAUGAUUCUGAUGUAACCAAAAAGAGACAUGUUUGCCCAGUCUGUAACCACAGAUCAAAACGUAGACACAACCUAAUUGAACAUAUGCUUACACAUGAUCCCAAUCGACCCAAAUCAUUCAAGUGCAGUAUGUGUGCACGUCCUUUUGCCAGAAAAUACGACAUGAAACGACAUGAAAAGAUUCACCGACGCUAGAAGCUUGUACAUACACAUGCUUGUUAUCUAUAUACCUAUUAUUCACCUAUGUAUUUUUUUUCUCUUUUUUUUUUUUUCUUUUU